AGUUCCAAGCAAUCCGCACUGGAGAGAACACGCGCGCACGCUCCCCAUCAUCUGUAUACCAGUGAGUGAGAUCGGUUUUCGGAACAUUUCGUCGACUACGUAUAGCGGCAACAACUGAAGGCGCGAUCGGUGCGCGCGAAUUUAGUUUUCCUGAUAACGAAUUCGUCACGCGCACGUGUGUUUUGUGUAUGAAGGUGAAAGGACACCCAUGCCACCAUGAGUGGGUGGAAUAAUGAUAUCGAAAUGAUAGUGUGAUAAUUAGCUACUAGAGUGCGAAAAUAUGAGUUCAUGAUGAGAUAAAAAGGGUUACAAUCUUUGAAGAAACGAUUCCGUUGUUCAAAUGGAGAUGGAGAUCAUUGUGUUUCUCUCUUAUCAUCAGCAGGUAUACAUCGACUAGGAUAGUGGUGUAGUGACGUGAAGAAAUGGUGGAGUGACGUGAGAAAUGAAAUUUAGUGCAGUAGUUUGGUGGCCAGCAGUGCCAUCAAUGCUAGAUCAACGAUGAACCAUCGAAAAAAAGUGAAACCGAUUAUUGAUCGUUUGUGAGUUACAUUAUAAAUAUCACCCAAUUCGUCAUGAUGAAGAAACAUUACAGUGUUGAAAUUGCCGGCAAGUACGGUGGUGGCCGAUCACCGUCCAACAUACUGGACAAGAUCUCCAAACGGUACUCGGCAAUAGGCAGUCGAUUAAUGCGCAAAUCCCCUGGCAGAAAAAGUUCCGUUGCCGAACCAAUCACCGGGAGUUACGACAUGACCGGUGGGCGGUUCGACGACUUCCGGCCGGAAAUUGGUAUCCCAGUGCUGAUCUCCAAAACUACAAAAUUCGACUUCGACUCGGACAUGCCAAUCGAUCAUCCUCAGGAAGAACCGCAGCAUCAACAACAUCCGCAACAACACAGUUCGCGAUCGUCGCAUUGUCCGGCUUCAGUGUCAUACACAACUAGGUCUACCUCCGAUGAUAGCGAAAAUGAUGUCUUUGUCGACGCGAACAGCUCGCUGCCAAAUUUCAGCGAUAUCAAAUUCACUUUCCUUCCGGAGAACAACAAUAAUUACAGCACAUACCUCGAUGAAAACGAUAAGGAAAACCAAGCCCACCUUCAGCGGCUCCGAUCUAAAUCUGCUCAUAAUCUACAUCAACCGGAGCUUCGGCUUCGCGUUGAGAAAACCACAUCGCUCAAUCUCUCCGGGUUCAGCAAUGGCAGCGACCUGAUCACCGCAUCAGCGAUCACUGCCCCGAACAGCCCUGCCGUAGACAGCAUUUACGACUUUCCUCGCAGCACCAAAGUUAACGAUUCUACAUAUGAUCUAGAGCAAGCCAAUCUCAUCCUGAACGAAAUAAAUCUAUCGCUCAUGAGCGAAGGUAAUUCAUCGCACCUGUAUCAUAAUCUGCCCAACGGAAAUCACGUUACCUCAGCCAACGGUGUCCUGCACAAUACGGCAUUCGACUACUCGGGCAGCAACCAGAGUUUCCGAUCCAACAGUACACAGGAGGAAGAGUUCGACCUCAAAUCAGCGAGCUUCCAAAGUCUGGACGCUCGGCAUCUGUUUCUUUCCAUAGAGGAGCUGGAUGAGAUCACCCGGCAGAUCAACGAGUCCGACAUUUUCAAAGAAGGCAACAACGAGUACUGCGAUCACCGGAACCAACUGCAUCCCACCGAGAGGCGACUAACGCUGCUGAAGAACAGAACGGCUCCCAAGCAUUUCAUCGACUUCGACAAGAGGAAAGCGAAGCUAACGAAGAAGUGGAGCGGUUUCAAGCACUGGAUCGGCGAAGAACAGGACAAAAUCAAAGAAGUGGUGCAGAAGCACGCCGCUAUGCAACGGGUAGGUGGGGAAGUGGUGGGCAAGCGGCGCAGUAGCGGUAGUGAAGUGGGAAGCGAGGCGAUUGAAGUUGUGGGAGACAGUGAAGUGAAUGUGUCCAUGGUAAACGGUGGUGAGGCGAACAGCGAAAUCGUUGAGAAUGAUCACGGACGCAGGAAGAAGCAGCACAGUGCGGAGAUCUUGGAGGGUCAGAAUGGCUUCGAAGAGAUCCGCCGAUUCGUCAAACAGGGCGGUGACUUUGGCAAGGAUCUCAUUGCAAUCCUGCAGGAGCGUACGGAGAUCGAACAGAUCUACGCAAAGUCACUUUCCAAAAUUGCCAACAAGCUCAAUAAAGCGUGCCGUGAUUUGCCUGGAACGAUCGCCGACUCGUGGCGAGCGGUUUCCACGGAGAUCGAAAGCCGCGGGGAGAUUCACCGACAGUUUUCCAACUCGCUUGCGGACGAGCUGGUCAAACCGCUCAAAACGGUACUGGACAACCAGCACAAGGCCCGCAAGGCUAUCGAGAACAAUGUGGACAAGUCGGCGCGGAUUCUGGCCGAGUGGAGGGCUGCCGAGCUGAAGGCCAAGAAGGGUUCACAUCACGCAUCGCGAGAGAAUGAGAAACUGCAGGACGCAAUGCUGGAUGUAAAAUUACAACGAUCACCAUCGUUGGGCAUACUGCACAAAACCAUAGAAAAGGAAUCAAAAUCCUCCGAGAAGGACAGUUCUAAGCUAGAUACCAAACGCAAGAAAGCAGAAGACACCGUCAAGAAAGCAGACGUUGAAUACUACACUCUGUGUAUCCGAGCCGAGCGAGCGCGCGUUGAUUGGGAGAUGUCCGUCCUUCGGGGAUCUUCGAUGUUGCAAUCGCUGGAAAACCAACGGCUCAACCACUUCAAAAACUAUGUUUCUAGCUACUUACGACUGGUGUCCGAUAUGAAUCCAGUUGUGACGAAGGUCACCGAUCGACUCGGUCCGCAGGUCCAGAUGUGCAACGUGCAGAAAGAUUUAGACGUUUUGAAAAACAUUCGCCGAGCUACGGAAGGACCAAGUGAACAGCUUUUGCCAGACUUCUACUGCGAGCACACCACCCUGGCCAUGAAUCGAGAACGAAGAAAGCAAUCACUAGUCAAACUGCUGCAACUGAUCCGCCAAGAUCUGGACCGGGAGCGACGAUCUCGAAACAGUCUCAAAGGAUUCUCGCAAACAUUCGAACCCAAUGUUGAGGGGAAUCAAAACAUUGCGGAUAAGUUGUAUCAUAUAAGGUCAAUGUUAACAUACUUGGAGGGUGCUAGGUACAAGCUGCAGUCGGCACUAUUUGAGCUAGAUCACAAGCCUCGCUCGAGUCAUCCAUUAGCGCAGCAUAUACAGAUAACACGAGAUCGCACAGGGUUGCAGACGAGUGUGCUAAAGGUUCCCCUUUGGCUGAAAAACGAACAGGAGGAGGAAGAUAAUGGACAGGAGUCGAGUACGAAUGGUGGGUGUUCGGGGUCGGACAUUGGCGGAGAAAGGGUAGAGUGCCUGGACAUCAAGAAUGAUACGCUGAUAAAGCACAUGGCACAAAAAUACGGCAGGACGGAAGAGGAUCAUUACAGCUCCAAUAAAUCCAAUAAAAUGAGUUCUCCACCUGAUGAAAACGGCCCAACGUGGGACAGAGGCGUAGCGGAUGGUGUGUCCAAUCAGCCAGAUUCGGAUUUUGACGAAUUCUCCUCCCAGGACGAGGAAGAGGAUAGAAGUGUAGCAAGUGGAAUCGAGAGAAGUCAGCACAGCAACGGCCACCACGUUCACCAUUCUCACAGUGCGGACGAUACGGCGAAUGACGGUGCUGUCAACAAUUCUGGAGUAGAGGCAACUUCGGUGGUCGUCGGCCGCUGUCGAGCCCUGUUCAACUACACACCAAAGCUUUACGAUGAACUCGAACUGCAACCGGGGGACAUCCUUGAUAUCCAUAUCAAACAGGAGGACGGAUGGUGGCUGGGGGCGCUCCGCGGUCAGGUGGGCAUUUUCCCCGCGACCUACGUGGAGGAGAUCGCGUAACAAGCGAAGCUAAGCUUUAGGGCAUUUUGAAAUUAUCCUGUACAUAUAGAUAUAUUGUUACGUGCGUAAGGUGCGAUCGCGCUAGUGUGCCUGAGAAUCAGUUUUAAGAUCUUAAAGAGUGCCUCGAAUAUUUUAGUGGUUUGAAUGUGUGUUUGUAGAAGAAUAUUGUUUUCUUUUUAAUGCCGAAGACUAAUCGAAGUGAAAUCUUUUUUAACAUCACGGAGAAAAUAAUUGUUGAAUAAUUUAUUGCUCUACUUUGUAAUGUGUUUUAUAGAGAGAAUUGUUUUAAAUUAGAUAAAAGUCUUCCUCAAACCUCAAAUAAGAAAUGAGCAAUAAAGGAGCCAAGCAAUAUUCGAGUUUAGCAGCAUAGCCGCUUUAUAAAUAAGUCGUUUCGGAUGCAAAUGAAAAAAACCCAUAGGAAAAUUCGUAUUGUAUUGUUUCGUCUUUAAUAAAAUUUUUGGAAAGAUUUUUUAAAGCUACCUAUAUACAAAAAUAUAAAACUUGUCGUUAUAUACUAUGCACAUAAA